GUUAGCCGAUCGCGCGCACGCGAUUUUGUUACUCGGUUAGGUCUGUUAGGGGGAGAGAAGGGGAGCUCGAGAGGAUCCUUGCGUAUCCUCGUGGCAGAGGACGCGCGCGCAGGUAGGAAUUACAGAUGAGAAAAUGCCACUUUUUGGGAAAAUUGUUGUCAUUAAAAAGAAUGGGACUGAUGGAACACAUUUUCCACUGACUAGAAACUCUUGUUUGUUUGGAAGGAAAAGAGAGUGUGACAUCAGAAUUCAGCUGCCUCAGGUUUCCAAAGAACAUUGUAAAAUUGAAGUCAAUGAAAAUAAGGAGGCAACUUUGUUUAACUUAAGUCCUGCAAACCCAACAGAACUCAAUGGAAAUAUUUUUCAGCAGCCUACAUUCUUAAAGCAUGGAGAUGUAUUCACUAUUAUUGAUCGUUCUUUCAGGUUUGAAUAUCCACCUUCAUUACUUCCACGGAAGAGGAGUUCCAGGUCUCAAGAGAAUGAAACAUUACAGGUUCUUCAUGUUCAGCAGCAGGAAGAACAGGAGGAGUUGUUGCACCAUCGGAAUUCGGAAUCUAAAAGUCCUCAGAUUUCUGAAAAGAAACUUGCCUGGGAAAAUCGGAAUACUAAUGAAUGUGAUGAGACAAAAACUCAAGAAUUUAUUACUGGACAGUAUGGCACACCCCAAUCUACAUAUAAAACCUUCAGUUCAGAAAGGAAAAAUGAAAUGUCUCCUUUUAGCAAACUAUAUGAAUUAGCAAUGAAGCAGGAACAUGAUACAAAAAUAGCAGAGAAAGAUGUUAGCAAUGAAACAUUUGUGCAAUCAAAAGAACACUUAGCCAGAAAAGAUGGUAAUGAUACCUUGGAAGAAGCUGCAUCUCAGAUACCACACAGGAUAUCUGAAACUGGUCAAAUUAAGAAGACUGAAGAUGUAAUUUGGAAUGAACUUGAACAUUCUCGUUAUAUUAAAAGUAAAGAAAUAAACAGAGUGAUAUCAAAUCCAAUAUCUGUUGAAAGGAAGAGAUCCAGAAGAUCAUCUUUGGGUCUUCAAGGUUAUGCUGCAGAACAGAAGCAAGAAAGUGAAGGCACCAAUAAGUUAAAUUUACAGAAUGCAGAAGAGAAUGAACUGGAUAGAACUGAAGUGAUUAAAAAUGCAAGUAAUGAUACAGGUUUAACAGCAAGUAGACAAAGUGCAAAGUAUUUCCUUGAAUCAUGUUCCAUAGUAUCAUUGGAACAUGCAGAUAGAGCAGGGCACCCUGAAAAGUCAGAAGACGAGCCAACAAAGACAGCUGGUGUGGAAAUCAAAGCUAACUUAAUAGAUACUUGCAGAUCGGUUGAAAGCAUUUUGUCCAUACCAAAGUCUAAUAGAGAGAGUUUCCAAACUUAUUCUAGUCCAUGCUCUAGGAAACCCAGACGUUCUUCAAAAUCUCGAAUGCAACAGGUAGAUUCAUUGAUUGAAUUGAAGAAUUCCACAGAAACCUCUUCUGAAAUUGAAGAGUGCUCAAUGAAUGUUAGUGCAGCGGAGCCUGAUUUUGUUGCCUUGACAGAAAAAGGCAAGAAUGAAGUGCUGGCCAUAGAACCAAUGCAAACUCUGAAAGCAACAAAUGAGAUUUGUAUGAACAACACACAAAAAGAUAGAAACUCUGGAACCAUUGCCUCUUCAUUUCACUGUUGUAACAGUAAAAGCCCCCGAAGGAGCAUUAAGCAAAAUGAAGACUUUUUAAAUGGACAUUUUUCUACAGAGCAGAUGCAUAUCAAUUCAGAGGAGUCAUUAGAAGUUCAUGGAGAUACUUCUGGAACAGGUUGCAUGUGCACACCUAACCAGCCACCUGAAAAAGAAGGAAACUGGCUCCAGAAGGAGGAGGAUAAAAUAAAAGAACCAACGAUGAAGGUCCACAAGCAGAAUUUUGAUAAUAAAAACUAUAUACCAGGUCAUGAAAGUAAUGUACCAGUGCCAGCAGAGGGUGAGGCUGCUUCAGAACUGAAUGUGACAAGUGCAUUUAGUGUAAAAAGAAAGUCAGUUAAGAAAUCACCUAAAAUGCAGAAGGAUGAAGAACCUGAUAUAUUAAUUCAGCCGCUUGGAAAGAGAAAGAGGGUGUCCUUUGGUGGGCACUUGAGUCCUGAACUGUUUGAUAAACGCUUACCUCCAAACUCACCACUUAAAAGAGGUGCAACUCCAGCACGACUGAGCUUGCCAUUUGGAAACUCGUCUCGAGCGGUUUUGAAAAAGGCUUUGGAAUUUAGACAAUCUCAAAUCAAGAGUUUCCCCGAAAGGGUUCAGCAUGAGAAUAUUUCAUCUAAGAAUGCUGCCUCACCCGCAGGACGCAGGUCUCCGGUUGCCUCGCCCGCAGCACGUAGGUCUCCGGUUACCUCACCCGCAACACGCAGGUCUCCGGUUGCCUCGCCCGCAGCACACAGGUCUCCGGUUGCCUCGCCCGCAGCACACAGGUCUCCGGUUGCCUCGCCCGCAGCACGCAGGUCUCCGGUUGCCUCGCCCGCAACACGCAGGUCUCCGGUUGCCUCGCCCGCAACACGUAGGUCUCCGGUUGCCUCGCCCGCAACACGCAGGUCUCCGGUUGCCUCGCCCGCAACACGCAGGUCUCCGGUUGCCUCGCCCGCAGCACGCAAGUCUCCGGUUGCCUCGCCCGCAGCACGCAAGUCUCCGGUUGCCUCGCCCCCAGCCACUUUUUCUUUCAAUGCACCCCAAAGAAGAGGUCGCUUUUCAGUUUCUCAUGUUACCAACUCGCCUUCAGAAGAACAGGAUGCUCUUUCCAGUCAGAUGAACGGAGAUGAAGAGUUCACUGAAGUAAAGACAUCUGAACCUACUGUUGAAGAAUGCAAAGCUGCUCGUUCAACAAAGAGGAGCAAAAAGGCUUCUCCAAGAAGAAGUUCUUUGUGUAGAAGAAGUGGAGUAAUGGGUGUAAUUCACUCUAGAAGGCAAAGUGGUGCUUCCAAAGCCAACUUGAUAGUUGCAAAGUCUUGGGCAGAUAUAGUGAAACAGGGUGUUCCAAAAUCUCAAGUAAGCAGUGCUGCAAAAUGUGCUCUUAAAAGGUCAGCCAAGAAGAGGUCAGCCAAGAAGAGCUCAACAAAACCAUCAAAGAACAAUGUUUCCAUGCUAAAAACGCCAAUAAGAAAAGUCAAGGGUCACUUUACUACAGGCCAUGCAAAUUCCCCUGCUCCAAUUGUGAUUGGAAAAGCUCAUACCAGUAUUGUGAAUGUUGCUGUACAAGUCCCUAAAGUGAUGAUGAACUAUCCUUUGAAGAAACAUGAUGACUUAAAUGAAAGUUUUACAGGGUUGGCUGAGAUAUUCAACACUCCACUGAAUGGCUUACCCUCUUCUGCUCAAAAGACUACUAUACCAACACCAGAAGUCGUCUCAGAAAUGCACACUCCAGAGGAGUCUGGAGAGAUGUCUGUAUCACCUUUCAGUGCAGGAAGCCAACAAAAACUUUACAACCAAGAUGUCAUAUCCCCCUUCUUGAAAGAAGUGUCACAGAUCUCUGCUCUUGAGCAAGAUUACCUAACUACAACUCCAAAAGGAAUGAAUUCUUCAUUAGAAAAAGAUGUAGAGAAAAAUAUGUCACUGGUCACAGCAGCAAAUGAAGCUACUAUACAGGGAGUGAUGGAAGAUAAAAGAAAAGGUCCAGAACAAAAAUUGGAGCCUGUUGAAACAUUUUCAGGAGUGAAGAGGGUCUUGAGAACACCGAAGCAAAAACCAGAGCCAGUUGAUGCGCUUUCAGGAGUAAAGAGGGUCUUGAGAACACCGAAGCAAAAACCAGAGCCAGUUGAUGCGCUUUCAGGAGUAAAGAGGGUCUUGAGAACACCCAAACAAAAACCAGAGCCAGUUGAUGCGCUUUCAGGAGUAAAGAGACUCUUGAGGACGCCGAAGCAAAAACCAGAGCCAGUUGAUGCACUUUCAGGAGUCAAGAGACUCUUGAGGACGCCCAAAGAAAUCCUGCAGUCUGUUGCAGUUGACACUGUCUGCCCCAAAUUCAUUAUGUCUCCAGAAGAAACAAAGCAAUUGAUGGGAAGCAGCACUAGGAGAAAACAAAGAAUGCCACUCGUGGGAUAUAAUGCUAUAGAUACCACUAUUAAUCAUGUUAUCAAAGCACCUAAGGAAAAAGGGGAAGCAGUGGAAGAUAUGGGAGGAAUUCAGAGGCUAUUGAGAACACCUAAACAAAGAUUUGAACCCAUGGAUGAUAUGGUUGGCAUUAGUCGAUUACUGAAGACGCCAAAGCAGAAGUUUAUGCCAGUUGAUGACUACUUGGGACUGCAAAGGUUUAUGACCGAACCUAAACAAAGCUUUCCGAGUCCUGAAGUUGAUUAUACAGGUGUUAAGGAAAUGUUGGAAACUGCAGAUGGACAGAAGGCUGAAUUGCCAGAAUUUGUGAAUUUAAUGAAAGAAGAUAAUGGAUCUUGUAUGAGUUCCAGAGAGUCCAUGAGAAAUGACUAUGAAAAUAAAAAAGCAAAACUGGAAUCAUCACCUAAAAGAAUAUCUCCUUUCCCAAAACCAAAUGAUAACAGUAAAAAUAUUUCAGAAUUAGAAGACAACUUGGGACAUGUUGCAUGUAACACAAUUAGUGAAUUAAAAUCAGAAGCAGUGAUAGAACCUGUUGAAAUAAUGUGUGUUUCAGAAAGCCAUCCGCCAAAGGGAUUGGACUCUGAAAACGGACACAAAAUUGAUUUUGUGAAAGAACCAGCUGCAAAUUCUGGGGCAGUAGAUAUAGAAAUCGUUGGACCAUUGGCUUCAGCUAGAAGAACUAGAAGAGGGGAAGCUGAUGAAUCCAGAUCCAUAAAAGAACAUGAUACAAAAAAUACACAGAGGCUUACAAGCAGCACCCAGAGAGCAGAAUCAGUCAAUUGUGUGCAAGCUAUUGCAAACUUUGACCAGAACAUCACUGAAAUAAAUCUAAAGCAAGAAUCUGAAAGCAGCACAUCUGCAGUUGAAAGUGAGGGGAAAAUGGCACCUCGGCAAACUGAAGCAAGUUUAGAUUUAGAAGAAAAUGCAGAAAUACAAGACAAAACAAAACAAGAUUUUGAAAGUUCAGGAGUGGAAAGCGCUGGAAAUGUCAUACAUAAAAGAAAUAGAAGAGGAAAGGCUGCUUCAAUACAAGCAGAAUUGUUUACAACAAACACAGAUGUUAAUGAGGCUAAAAAGGAAAGUCUAAGACACACACCUAAAACACACGUAUUAGAAAAGACUGCAACAGAAGUAAAAGAAAAUAAUGUUAGGAGAAGGAAAGGGAGGAGAGUUCAUUUUCUAUGUGAUAAUUCUGUACCACUUGAGGAAAAACGUAUGCUUGGAGAUAAGGAUGGUGCUUAUGAAGAACAGAAGAGUGCUUCCAUUGCAUCACAGUCAGGCAUGCAGGAAAUUCAAAAUGAAGAGAAUCCUAAUGAAGUGCAAAAGGUGCCAUUGGAAAGUGUGCAAACUCCUGGGAAGCACAGUCCACCAAGAAGGCAGACAGUAGCACCCAGGAGAGGAAGAAGCAAGCGAGCCAUUUCUCAGCAAACAACUAUAGAAUGCGACAGUAAACAGGCAGCUGAUAUAAAAGACCAAAAUAUGCUUGUCACUGUAAAAGAGAAUCAGCCAAAAAGGGGCAGGGGGAGAAGAGCUGUUCCUGAAUGCCAGAUACCACCUCUUUUGGAAAAUGUUGCUCUUACAAAAGAGAGUCCAACAGUGGACAGCUUUAGUUCUACCCAAGGAAAAUGUUCUUUGCAAGAAAUUCAAACUGAAAAGAAUCUUGAUGAAAUGCCUAAGAUGCCCUUGGAAAGUGAGCAAUCUCUUUUAGAACACAGCCCACCAAAAAGACAGAAAAUAGCAAAAGGAAACCCACCCGGGAGAGGUAGAAGCAAACAAACAAAUUAUCCUAAAAUACCCACAGAAUGUGACAGUAAACAGGCAGCUGAUACAGAAGACCAAAAUAUGCCUGUCACUGUAAAAGAGAAUCAGCCAAAAAGGGGCAGGGGGAGAAGAGCUGUUCCUGUAUGUUCAGUGACAUUGCCUCUGGAAGACAUUGCUCUUACAUAUGAGGACCCAACAGCAAACAGCAUUAGUUCUGCCCCAGGAAAGUGUUCUUUAGAUGAAAUUCAAAAUGAAGAGAAACCUAAUGAAACUGAGAAGGUGCAUUUGGAAGGUUUGCAAACUCCAGCAAGGAAGCAAAAAGUAGCAAACAGGAUGCUGCCCAAGAGAGGAAAAAGCAAGCAAGCCAUUUCUCAGGAAACAUUCGUAGAAUGUGAAAGUAAACAGACAGCUGAUAGAAAAGACCAAGCCAUGGUUGUCACCAUAAAAGAUAAUGAGCUGAAAAGGGGCAGAAGAAGAGUUGUUCCUGUAUCUCAUAGGACAUUGCCUCUAGGAAACAUUACUCUUGCAUAUGAGGGUGCAACAGUGGACAGCUUUAGUUCUUCCCAAGGAAAAUGUUCUUUGCAAGAAAUUCAAACUGAAGAGAAUCUUGAUGUAUUGCCUAUUAUGCCAUUGGAAAGUGUGCAACCUCUUUUAGAGCACAGUCCACCAAAAAAACAGAAGACAACAAAAGAAAACCCACCCAGGAGAGGUAGAAGCAAACAAACAAUUUCUCCUGAAAUACCCACAGAAUGUGACAGUAAACAGGCAGCUGAUACAGAAGACCAAAAUAUGCUUGUCACUGUAAAAGAGAAUCAGCCAAAAAGGGGCAGGGGGAGACGAGCUGUUCCUGAAUGCCAGAUACCACUUCAUUUGGAAAAUGUUGCUCUUAAAAAGGAGAGGCCAACAGUGGGCAGCUUUAGUUCUACCCAAGGAAAAUGUUCUUUGCAAGAUAUUCAAAGUGAAAAGAAUCUUGAUGAAAUGUCUAAGAUGCCCUUGGAAAGUGUGCAACCUCUUUUAGAGCACACUCCACCCAAAAAACAGAAGGCAACAAAAGGAAACCCACCCCGGAGAGGUAGAAGCAAACAAACAAUUUCUCCUGAAAUACCCACAGAAUGUGACAGUAAACAGGCAGCUGGUACAGAAGACCAAAAUAUGCUUGUCACUGUAAAAGAGAAUCAGCCGAAAAGGGGCAGGGGGAGAAGAACUGUUCCUGAAUGCCAAAUACCACUUCCUUUGGAAAAUGUUGCUCUUAAAAAGGAGAGCCCAACAGUGGACAACUUUAGUUCUUCCCAAGGAAAAUGUUCUUUGCAAGAAAUUCAAACUGAAGAGAAUCUUGAUGAAAUGCCUAAGAUGCCUUUGGAAAGUGUGCAACCUCUUUUAGAGCACAGUCCACAAAAAAGACAGAAAAUAGCAAAAGGAAACCCACCCAGGAGAGGUAGAAACAAACAAACCAUUUCUCCUGAAAUACUCACUGAAUGUGACAGAAAACAGGCAGGUGAUACAGAAGACCAAAAUAUGCUUGUCACUGUAAAAGAGAAUCAGCUAAAAAGGGGUAGACAAAGAAAGAUUGCCCAUGUAACAGCUCUUUCUCCCCUCAAAAAUAACAUUUUACCAUUGCCAUCCUCAACCAAAAGCAAAGGUGCUGUGGAACAGCCAAGUGAGGCUUUGGAAAUUGCAACUGUUGCAAGUGAGAAUCUGCCACGUAGAGGCAGAAAAAGAAAAGUAGAUGAGGUAAUUGCAGCAAGCUCAGUUUCUGCAAGUGGAAAACCUAUAUUGCUUGAUACUGGGAAUCAAGAAGACAUGCCAGAAGUUUUAAAAGGUGUGACAAUAGAUAAUGUUUCCAAAAGAGGUAGAAGAAAGCAAUCGGUUCCUUCUGAAAUCUCAACAGAAAGUAAUGGCCAACCAGGAAGUGACAACAGAAAGGCCUCUUUUGUAAAAGAUAACAAGAUGCCUUUGGAAAGUAGUUCAGUUUUCAAAAACCAAUCAAAGGGGAAGAGAACUACUCUGUCACGAGUACACCCUUCUCUCAAAGUAAGCAUCACUCUAACAUCACCACCUCCAGACAAAGGUGAAACUGCCAGUGAAAAUCAAAGCACCCUUCUUGAAAAUGAUGCAAUUGGAAAAGGGAAACUUGAAAAAUGUGGCAGAAGAAACAAAAAUAAAAUAGGGACAGCUUCCACGUCUCUCAGAAGAAAGCCCAACCAUCCUGAACAGGAAGAUUUUCAGGAAAAACAAAAUGUAGAUUUUGGAAAGUUAUCUAUAGCCAAUGAGAAAAUAAGCAGAAGAGGUAGAAAAGUUUAUGCACUUGAAGCACCUAUUUCUGCUUCUCUCAGAAACAACCGUAGAUUGAAUGCAGGGGGUGAUAAUGCUCCUAAAGAUCGACAGAUGAUUCUGAAGAACAAAUCAAAAUCUAAAGCAGAAAGCAUUGAAAAGACACCAUUAAAAAAAGAAAAAAAGAAAACAGUGAAAGAAGAACAUUCCAAAUCUACAGUUGAGCCUGCUGGAGGAACUGAAGACAAGACAAGAGGGAAGAAAACAAAAAAAAAAGUUUUGUAAUUUUUGGUGCUGGGUUGUAUAAUUUUUUCCCCUUCAGAAUAAAUGGACAUAUAUAGGUUGUAAAGUAUGCUUUGCAUUUAAAACCUUACUUUGUUUCUGUAACUUCAGUUCAUCCUUAAACAUUGACACUUUCCCAUCUGUAUAUACAUUUUUCAUAUAUUUACAGGGCUUUUUGUUUAACACUGUAUUGUGUUAAGAUAGUUUUAAUUCAGGUGUUAAUUGUUAUCUGUGAUUUUUUUCAUUAAACCAUUCCUUGGCUUAAAAUAAAUUCCUUUUAUAUUGUUCCAAUCCCUGGUGAAUAUGACUGCUAAAAAAACAUGUUAGACUGCUCUGUAUGCUGUCAACAUUCAGUUAAUGCUUUAGAAAGGAUAAGGCAAAGGAUAGCUGCAUUGGUAUCUUGUUAUCCAUAGCUUAGUAAAUGUACAGUCCCUCUACCCAACUACCAGCUAUGGCACUUUGACAAUUCUAGGAGAACAACAAUCCAUAUAUAGUAGUGUUAAACAGAAGUGAUUAUACAUGGCCCAUUUCUUUCCACAUAACAUAGUCAUUGGGGGUUGCCAGGAUGGGAAACAGACCCUUCUCUUUCCCAGGCCACAUACUUUUGAAUCCUGGCUGUCACUUUCUCUUCAGUUCCAGUCCUUCCCAUAGUUGAUGGUAUCAAUUCAAAACUUAUAUAUUUAAGGUUCAGUGCCUGGUACCUAUAGUUACAAUAUCCUAAUUGGCAAGGCUAGGAAAGUUCUGCUUGAGCUGUUAACAGGAUAACUUGAACAGUGUAGCUGGCAUUAGAUUGAACCAAACAGUAGUCUAGUACUGUAGAGGUCUUGUCCUUUUUCUUAUUGCAGCAUUCUAAGCACACAUUUCCUAAGCUCCCAACUCAGUUCAGUUGUCGGUACUGUAUAUGAUUUCAGUUUUGUAUAGAUCUCAUAGUACCCAGUAGCUGCUUUUCUCUCCUCCCCACCCAACAUUAAUUCUAAGCUGCCUGUGAAUUGCCAAGCCAGAAAAACUGGAGGAUAAUAAAGUUUACAGAACCAAAUGCGUAUGCUAGCCUUUUGAAAUAGAUUCAGUUUUAAGGAAUAGCACCUUUUACUGCUAAUGCCUGAAAUUCUUCAUGUUUGAUGAAAAAUGACUCAUUUUGAAGGUUCCAAUGAGAGAGAGAGAUAUUCUCCUGGUGGAGUGACACUGCCCUCAACAUCCCUGCAUGAAUGAAUACUACCCUUCUUGCUAUGUUCAGCCCUUCUAGUUCCCUCUUGUUUUAUUUCAGUUUUAAAUACUACUGCCCCAAGAACAGAACCUCACCUCUCAUUGGAUGACACAGAAUUUGAGGGUGGACUUUCUUGGUUGAUAUAGACGUGCUUGGUGAUGGACCUUUGAAGAUGCCAAGUCACAGGCCCAAGGUGUAUUCACCUGAUACUCAUACAUGAUGCUGCCCACCUUGGUAAUUUUUUUUAAAUAAUUUUAUUUUGUUUUCAAAAAUAAGGGAAAGGAAAGCAAGGGGGGAAAAGAAUAAAGUUACAUCAAAAUGUCAUACACAUUCACAUAUCGAGAUUACUCUGAAUCUCCUGACUUCCAGUCCCAUCCCAUCCAUGGGUCCUCUUCAUUCUGUUUUCAUAUGCAUAUCAAUACUUCUCAAAAAAAAUUAUCUUCCUAAAUUAUCUGUAGCUUCUAUUACAAGUUGUAUAUACAUUAUAAACAUUUCCCAUUCUUUUUAAAAUUUCUUCUUGGUUCCUGAGCUUCCCAGUUAUUUUUGCCAUUUGAUCUUGUAGCAUACAUGAACAGUUUCUUCUGAUCUUUUGGAAUCUCAGUCCUAUA